AUGCCUGAACCCCGCUAUGAAAUGCGCGCCAGAUUUGGCGUGGCGACUGCUGUGGAAAAUGCAAUCUACGAUCCUGACCGCAGACUUUGCAGUAGAACGGACUAUUGGAUUGAAGGAAGCAGAGCAAAACUUAUGCCGCAGUGGACCCUGGCAAUCUUCUUCAUGGUCAAUGAGAUUCUCUGCAGAGGAAGUGGUGGACCUCCGCAUCGCAUGAGAGUUCUCAGGCAGGUACACUACUCGGUGAUCGGACUAGCAUGGGUCACAUCCGUCGUUUCCGCUUUCGCUUUUCCUGGGAAAGCCGAGGCUGCAAUACAUAAGGUCGCCAUUGCCCCUUUGGCCCUAGAUAUUUCGCGACACUAUGCUCAGUAUUACAAGCACUAUGCCCCUCAAAUGGAGUCGAAAGGCCUCCAUGGACUCAGUGAACACAUCGCCGCCGGAAACAACGACAGUAGGAAACGCAAAAGAAAAACCAAGGAUGAUGAAGAGGCAGCAUACAUUCCAGAUGACUUGCGAUCUGGAGAGCGAGUGCUCUACCUCCAAGAAGUCCCUAAAGUCAAAGUCAGUCACUGCCGGGCUUGGAACUGCAUGCCGAGGAGACGAACUGGAGAGCCGAUCAUUCAACGUGUUGAGUACUACCAUAUCAGCUGCUUUGAGCGUAUUGUUCCCGAUCUACCCGACCUGCUCGGUGGUGGCUUCAAAAUGGAUGGCUGGAUAGCUGCCCCGCCUGGGAGCAAAGUCUCAAUUGAGUCUUCCACCAAAGCCAUCCAGGACUGGUUUCGAUAUGAGGGACGGGCGUUCGAUAUUGACUGCUAUGAACGGCUUAAGAAGGACCACGGUGAAUGGCUGGAUAGUUGGAGCAAUCUCCAUAUCGAACAUCAGCUCGCGCAUUCAGGGAAGCCAAGUGAGGGAUGCUGCCUUUGUGAAGAAGUGGCUGAGCCUGGAGAGCCGAAAGCAAUGGAUUAUUUCCCCGAAAGCCCGUCUGCGAUUUCGUUGAGUCGAUUGUUGGCCAUUGUCAGUGCGCAACCGCACAUUGAUAGAUGGUAG